AUGAAUGACAAUUAUCCUCAAUUCCGCGUCGCAACCCAAGAUGAUGCACUCCAGAUCCAGCAGCUUGUACAAUCUGCAUUCCGCGCUGAAGACAGCAGACCAAACUGGACAGCAGACAUGGAUCUUUCCUCACGCUUCCGCAUCCAGGUGGGGGGGAUACUCGAGAAAAUCGCCAAGUCGGACAGCGCGAUUCUGAUCGCCACCGACCAGAGCGGUGCCCUGGUAGCCUCCGUGGGAAUCCAAAAACAGACCGCAGAGCUUGCCCGCCUUUCUCUGUUGGCAGUAGACCAACGUCACCAACGUGGGGGGUUAGGACGUCAGGUCCUUGCCCGUGCUGAAGGGUACUGUCAGCGGAUUUGGGGUGCUCGGAGAACAGGGUUGAACGCCCUCUCAACACGUGAAGAGCUUAUCCUCUGGUAUAUGCGCUGUGGGUACCGGAAGACAGGCCAACUGACGCAUGAGCGGAUCCAAAACGGCCUUUUCACAGAUGAUUUGUGUUUUGUUGAAAUGGAGAAGGGUUUGAAAGAAGCCUGA